AUGCCCAUUGCCCUUUCUCCUACCAGGGCUCGCAAUGGCCUUACAAAAUUCACCAACUGCCGUCUUCUAAAAGGCGACAAGUUGGUGGAAGAGGAUCUCUGGGUCAGUUCUCUGACCGGGAAGAUUAUUCACAGCCAAGCUUCAUUCUAUGAUGAGCUCAAUUUACCCGAUGAGGUUAUUGAUCUUGGCGGACGCAUCCUCGCACCCGGGAUGAUCGAAUGCCAGCUCAACGGUGCCUUUGGCUUCAACUUUUCCACCGUGCUGGAACAAGACCAUCUGUACGGGGAAAAGGUCGGGGAGCUCAACCAGCUUCUGGUUCAAACUGGUGUCACGUCUUACGUUCCCACCGUCACCAGCCAACGUCCGGAGUUGUACAAGAAGGUCGUGCCCUUCUUAGGACCCUCAGGCCGAGCGAGACGAGCAGCAGAUGGUGCAGAGUCACUCGGGGCCCAUUGCGAGGGCCCAUUCCUGAACCCUGCCAAGAAUGGUGUGCACAAUGUGGAUGUGUUGACAGAGGCUCACUCAUUCAAGGAUAUUGAGGAUUGCUAUGGGGCUGAGAACUUGACCCCCCAGUCCGAAGAUGAUAUCAUCCCCAUCAGGAUGAUCACUGCUGCCCCCGAGCGUGGGAACAUGAUGAAACUCAUCCCCGAGAUUUGUUCAAGGGGAAUCAUAUACUCCAUCGGACACACUGAAGCCACGUACGAGGAUGCCUCGAGCGCGGUGGACAAUGGUGCCACCAUGAUAACGCAUUUAUUCAACGCUAUGCGGCCGCUUCAUCACCGAAACCCAGGCGUCUUUGGAGUCUUGGGCAUUGCUGAGACCUUGAAUCGGCCAUAUUUUGGUAUCAUCGCCGACGGGAUCCAUCUCCACCCCACAACGAUCAAAAUCGCCUUCAAUUCUCACCCAGAAGGCUUCAUUUUGGUUACAGAUGCAAUGCACAUGGUGGGACUGCCUGACGGCGUCUACCCAUGGACCAAUGGGCAGAAGACCUGCAACAUAGUCAAAGACGGCUAUACUCUGCUCCUCGAGGGAUCAAAUACAAUUGCUGGAAGCUCUAUCACGCUUCUUGAGUGUGUCAAUAACUUCCUCCAGUGGUCAGGGACCAGCAUUCCAGCAGCCCUCAAAGCGGUAACUUCCACGCCAGCCGCCAUGCUAGGGCUGCAGGGCAUUAAAGGCACAUUGGACGCCGAUGCCGAUGCUGACCUCAUCAUUCUAUCAGAUCAUACAUUCGAUGGCUCAACUCAAUUGGUAUUAGAAGAGGUUUGGAAGUUCGGAACCCGGGUAUCCCGGCCUAGUAAGAGGACCACUUAA